AUUCGACAACAGCGUCGAGGGGAGGGAAAAGUCCCAUUUCCUGAGAAACAAAACUGAAAGUAAAGCAGUGUACAGGCUGUUCAGCCACCAGCCAUGGCGGACGAAUAUUCGUAUGCUCUGCUCGUCGAGCUCGAAGAAAACAACCUACCGAGACUUAGAUUAAAGUUAGCUAAAUACUUCGGAAGUAAGAAAAACGGCGGCGACUGUGAAGUUGAGUAUAAUAAUGGCAGCAAGGCAGCGGUGAUACGCUUCCGCCUAGAAGAGGACCGGCAAAAGGUUUUGAAGAAAGAGACCCAUCAGAUCAAUUUAGAGAAAGGUGUGGUGAAGGUGAUUGUUCGAUUGCCAGAUGACCAAACAUCAGAGGGUGCUCCAUCUGAAGAACUCGACCAGAACUCUGAUGAUGCUGGGAUCAACAUACCAUCGAGCACCAAUGAACACAUACCUGCAGUUGAAGUUCAAACAGAGGCAAACGUCGGAGCAGAUGAGACAGUAGAUGAAGAGCAGUGCUCCACUUCGACUGUUUUAGGGAAUGUUCCAGAGAUGUUGGAGACAGAAUACCUGGAGAUGCUGGUCGAGUAUGUAUUGAAGGAUAUUCCUGACCCUACAUCUGCCUUUCCAAUAUUCACUUUGGAAGUCUUUCCUGACCUCGCCUCUGCUGUGGUGACUUUCCAGAGUGGAAAAGAGAACACUGAUUUUGUGACAAGCUGCCCUCAAAACAAGAGGUUUGCAAAGAAAGGACUUUCAGUUCGGCCUCUUGAAGUCACAAAGCAAGUGUUAGUCGAUGACACACAUAGUUUUGGAGUUGAUUUCCUUCACCUUUAUUUCGAGAAUGCAGGUGGAAAUGUGGAAAAUGUUGUGCUUAAUGAAGCAGAACAGUCUGCCACCAUCACCUUUGAAGACCAUAAAGCUGUUCAGAAAAUCAUGAAGAAGAAGCAUCACAUCAAGGGGAAAGAGAUGAGCGUUUUUCCUUUCUAUAACUCUUUGGGAAGAGCCCUCUAUGGGAAAGAUAAGCCUUCUCUUAAACUCCCUGUUGCUGUCUCUGAACCCAUUGCCGAUGCUGUCUGGAGGUACCUAAAUCAUAAUCAGUCUGCAGCAGAGACAAUUCGUAUUCAGUUGGCAAAAAACUUUUGCAACGUAAACCUCGACCACUCUACUGUGUGUUUGAGCCCUCAAACCUCACUGCUACAAGAAAAAUAUGCCAAAGCCAUUGUCAAAGAGUGGAGAGAUACUGUCAAGUCAUCCUUCGCACAAGCUCUGUCGAAAAUCAAAGCCCUAAAGCUUCCGACAGAUUUGAAGGUAUGGGAAGAGUCUGAGGAGACGAUCAGACAAUUGCUACUUAAUGAAGAUCUGGUUGUAGUGCCUGAUAAAGCAACUGGUAUCUUGUCAGUGGUUGGUCUUAUGGUUGAUGUCAACAGACUAGAGCCAACUCUUAGUGAUGUGGUAAACAAGAUUGCCAAAAGAGUGAAGAGGGAGACAUUUAGCGUGACUCAAGAGAUUAAUGUGUCACAGUCGAUUUACCAUAUCCUCUGUCUAACUGGCCUUGAGGACCAGGUGCUACAAGUGUACCCAGAACUCAACAUGUCUUUCAAGAUAGGGAGUCCGCAUUUGAUGGUAACUGGCUUAAGUGAGGAGAUUUUGGCAGCAAGCAAAGUCAUAUAUGACGCAAUGUUUGCCUUAAAGCGACAGAAUUUAAAAGUAGAUAACUUCGUGCUUGACUUGUUCAAAGACGGACAACAAGAGGAACUAACGAAUGAGCUCCUCACAUCCAAUGGAAUCAAUGCAGCAUUUGAGAUGAAUACAAUCAGUGUGCAGCUCCUUGCUGGAUCCGAAAGAGAUCUGAAUGAUGCUGAAGACCAUUUGGGGAGGCUGCUUAUUUCUCAUUCCAUUGAUGUUGAAGACAGUAAUGUCCUUGAAAAGCCAGAGUGGCAGAACCUGGUCAGUCAACUAGAGAAUGCAGACAAUAAGUCAUGCAUGAGAAUUGGAAUCAACUGUACCCCUAAACAAGUGGUGGUGUCUGGCAAAAAGGAUACUGUCGAGAGAGUUAGCAGUGAACUUGAUGACUUCCUAAAGCAGAAUGCUCAAGUUGAAGAAACAGUUGUUGUCAAGCCCAAUGUCAUAGUUGAGUACAUCAAAAAACUCGACACCUCUUGGUUCGAGCAAUUCAAAGACAAGGUGGUGUUGUCUUACAGAAAAGAGGCCAUCUGUCUAAGUGGUUCUAGAGCAAAUGUUGCAGAGUGCAUGACUUUGGUUCAAGACCUGGUCUCUUCUGUGUGCUUUGAAAGUUUACAAGUCCCCAUGCCUGGAGCGAAAAAGUUAUUCAAGGACAAAGAAAAUAUGUUUGUUUACUCCCUUUCAAGUCAAACUGGCUGCCUGGUCCAGCUGGUUGAUGAGACUAGUGUCGGACAGGCCGACCUUGCCCAAAGACAAGUGCCAAAGCCUGUGUUUCAAAUGCAGACCUCUGAUGGAGUAGAAAUAGCUGUUUCCAAGGCAGACAUGUGCAGCUACCCAGUGCACGCAGUUGUAAAUGCUUCUAAUUCGAACUUGAAACACGAAGGAGGUCUUGCAGGAGCACUUCUUAAAGCUGCUGGCCCUCAGUUUCAGAAUGAGUGUGACAAAAUAAUAUCCUUGAAUACACAGCUCAUGCCCGGAGACUGUGUGAUAACUGGUGCAGGGGGGCAGCUUUGCUGCCAAAAAGUAAUCCAUGCAGUGGGCCCCACGUAUGAUAAAGCUAAUCCCCAGAAGCCUUUGGCGCAGUUGAAAAGAGCUGUCAAAGGAAGUUUGGAACUGGCUGAAAAGCAAGGCUGCAUCUCUGUGGCUCUGCCUGCCAUCAGCAGAAACCAAGGCUUUCCUCUCGAUGUGUGUGCGUCCACCAUCGUCAAAGCUGUGAGGGAGUACUGUAACGACAAGUAUGGUGACAACACCUUGAAGAGGAUCCAUUUUGUGAACAAUGACGACAGUACUGUUCAGGCUAUGGUGGCAGCGGUCCAACAAAGGUUUGGAAAUCAUAGUGUCAGUUCUUCUCAACAAACUCUCCCUACCAAAAAAGAUUCUUCCCCUGUGAAACAAGCUGGAUCUGUUGUAUUGGACCCAAACUGCUUUGGACAAGUGCAGACCAAAGAGGGCUUGGACAUCACUCUUACUAAGGGAAAUAUCGAAAAUGCCACGACGGAGGCGACUGUGAACACUGUGUUUGAAGAUCUUUCACUGAACAAAGGGGCAGUUUCAAAUGCCAUCUUUGGUGUGGCUGGACCACAACUUCAAGUAUUGGUAAAUGCAAUAACCAAGAAUGGAACAUUCGGAGAGGUCAUUAUUACCGAUGGCUGCCAGCUGAAGAGCAAAAAGGUCUUUCAUGCUGUUACUCCUCCUUGGGGCAAUGGAGCUGAUAAGACCUUGAGCGUCAUUUUCACGGAGUGCUUGGCCAAGGCUGAGGAGAUGGGUCUGACCUCCAUAUCCUUCCCCGCCAUUGGCACUGGAAAACUGGGUUUCCCAAAGGACCUUGUAGCCUCAACCUUGUUGGACACAAUCGACCAAUUUAGCAGUAAGAAACAACCUAAGCACCUGAAGAAGGUCAUGAUCAUCCUUUACCCACUAGAUGCAGAGACUAUCAAGGCUUUUAGCGAUGAAUUCGCCAAGAAGUUCCCCAGUGCAACAGGAGGUCUGGUGCCAACGAAUUCCCCACAAAGUACAGGUCCCUUCUCAAAAGUUGUCUCGAGCUCCGGAAUGUACGAGACUAAAAUGGGAAAUGUGGUUGUACAGGCUGUCACGGGAGACAUCACCAAGGAGACCACUGAUGUCAUUGUCAACUCCUCAAAUGACAAUUUCUCUCUUAAGUCCGGAGUAUCAAAGUCAAUUUUGGAUGCAGCUGGUCAGGCUGUUGAAGCAGAAUGCCAAGAUCUUGGUGCCAAGCCCAACACAGGCAUGAUAAUAACCCAGCCAGGGAACCUCAAGAGUAAGAAAAUCCUCCACCUGGUUGGAAAGACGGACCCAGUUACAAUCAACAAGGUUGUGAAAGAUGCGCUCCAAAUGUGUGUGACAGGCUCAUACACUUCUGUCUCAUUCCCUGCCAUUGGCACAGGUCAAGGCAAUGUAAAGGGAAGGCAGGUGGCGGAUGCCAUGUUGGAUGCGGUCAUUGAGGUGUUAAGCCAAAACACUAAUGGCCCCCUGAAGACAGUCCGGAUAGUUAUUUUCCAGCCAGCCAUGCUGAAAGAGUUCUACAACAGUAUGCACCAUAGAGCAGCCACUGAACCGAAAGACAAAAGUUGGUUGUCCAAAAUCAAAUCAUUUUUUAUUUCUGGAAGUGAUGACAAGCCACAGAAAGAAGAGGAUUUUGUCAUUGAGUCAGUGAAAGUGGACCCUGUUUCCUUCCACAUCUGCGGCGAGUCCCAGGCUAAAGUAGACUCGGCCAAACAGAUUAUCAAAGACCUGAUAUCCAAAGAACAAGAAAACGUUUGCAUUAAGGACAGCGCAAUCCUUAGUCUCUCCAUAGCAGACCGCCAGCACAUUGUUGUCAUCCAAAAGACCAGGGGCGUGUCGAUAAGGUUUGAUGGCCAGCAGGCCCAAGCCUCGCUCACCAUCGAGGGGUUGAGCAAGGACGUGCUCAAAGCCAACCAUGAGAUCAAUGAGAUGCUGAAGUCCGCGAGAAACGAGGAGGAGCUGAAGAAUAAUUUGGAGCUGGUAGCGGCAGUGGCAGACUGGCAGUUCCAGCAGCCAGGGCUUCAGUUUCAAAGCUUUGAAUCAAUGGACAACUUCAAACUUGAGCAAGCAAUGACCAAGAAGCAGCUAAAUGUGAAAGUUAAAGCGCAGGGUCAAGAGUACACAGUCACCAUGCCAAAAGGACCGGCUACUGAUAACCGGGGAAGCACCCUCCAGAUAAAGCGAAUUGACAAACUCAAAGGAGAGGACGACAUUCCUGCGGGCUGGGAUGCAAUGCCAGCCGGCUCCUCCAGUCUGGCCGUCCCCAUUGUUGCGGGGAGCCCAGAGCACGCUGAAGUCCUCAAUCUGUUCCAGGCCACAUGCCCACGGAACAUUGUUAAGAUUGAGAGGAUCCAGAACCCUGGGCUGUGGAAGAGCCUGCAGAUCCAGAAGCGUGUGAUGGAGCAGAGAAACAACCAUCAGAAUAACGAGAGACGCCUCUUCCACGGCACCUGUGAGGACACCGCGGCCUACAUCAACGAACACGGCUUCAACAGGAGCUACGCAGGAAAGAACGCUGCUUGUUAUGGCAAUGGCACAUACUUUGCUGUCAAUGCUAACUACUCUGCCACGGACACCUACUCCAAGCCGAAUGCAAACGGGGAGAAACGCAUGUACCUGUGUCGAGUUCUGACGGGGGAUUUCACUCUCGGAAAGCAAGGCAUGAUAGUCACACCGGCCAAAAGCGGCACCGUGUCCCUUCAGAAGUACGACAGUGUGGUGGACAAAAUGGCCAACCCCAACAUGUUCGUCAUCUUCCACGACACCCAGGCUUACCCUGAAUAUAUGAUCACAUUCAAGUGACACGGCCAUGUAGAGGACUAUCUUACAUCUAACACUGCCUUACAGCUACUACUGUUUAUUAUGAAUCAUCAGCUGAUUCAAUUUUUUUUUCAAGAUAAUACAAUUUACAAGCAACCUGUAUUCAUCAGAAGGGUCGGUUAUGGAGAUAUGCAUAACCAGAUAUAUACAGUGCCUUAAACAUGCCUUAAACAUACUAUAGAAUAAUUUUGUAAGAAGAAAUCAAAAUGUUAAAAGAAAAUGAAAGGCUAUCUUUUAGCUAGCUAGCUUUGUUUGCCUAUAUAAUAUGUUCUUUGAUGAUGUUACACUGUUUAUUUGUUAUGGCAGGCUGCUGGAAAGCACCCUCUCAGUUCCAGUAAAUCAUGGGACAGCCAGAGUUUAUCUAAGUAUGUGAAUGUGAAUCAGUUUUCACUUUCGGUUUUGAGAGGGAAAGGUCGAACUGCUCUCAAAGUAAGCCUGUACAAAUAAAAAGUUAAUACAUAUUC